GUGGAUGAUUUUGGUACCAAUUAGAACAUUAGUGCCAGAUUCCACCGUAUGGUGUGCACGGGUCGUGUUAAUGAUUAGAUCUAAGUACAGAUGGCGUCGAUUCAGAAUGAAAAAUAUAUAGGGUGCUCCUAGCUACCCAGAUGCCGAAGUUGACAAGAUGAGGUUACUGUUUUUGAUCAUAAUUAUUGUUUGCCUCUGUGAUUUGCGAAUGUGUUCGGAAAGCACGCCGACAAAUAAAACUGCCGACUUCCCGCAGGAAUAUAGACCUGAAGGACCACUGGUACUUUGUAAAUUUUUACCGAAGGAGUUCAUAGAAUGCGAGGAACCGGUCGAUCACAAAGGCAAUAAAACUGCCAAGGAAGAAACUGGAUUCGGAUGCGUGAAGUUUGGUGGCUCUAGGUACGAGGAUGUUGAAAAGACAAAAGUAUCUUGCACAGUAUUACCAGAUAUCGAAUGUUACGGACCAAGAACAUUCUUCCAUGAAGGAGUUCCUUGUAUAAAAUAUAGUGAUCAUUAUUUUGUUACUACUCUACUUUGUAGCAUACUGUUAGGUUUCUUAGGUGUGGAUAGGUUCCAUUUAGGUCAAAAUGGCCCUGCCCUAGGAAAAUUGUUUUCAUUCGGUGCAGCAGGAGUAUGGUGGAUAUUCGAUGUAGUAUUGUUAGUAACAGAUUCCUUACAACCCGAGGAUGGUAGUAAUUGGAAUCCUUAUGCAUAAAGAGAACAAGUCUUUUUAUAUUGUUAUUCGAUAUUUUUAAAUCUGUAUAGUUACUAAAAUGCAUUUUGUAAAAUAAAUUUAUAUCUACUUGUACAUAUGUUAUCUUGUAAAUAGAUUUCUGUUACUUAAAAAAACA